GGCCCACAAGGCCCCUCGCAGCCUGGGCCCGGGAUGGCCCUUGAGCAGCUCCUGAAGCCGUGGGAUGAGGGGCUGACGCCUGCCUGCCACUUGUCCAGGGGUCGGGACGCGUGGGCUAGGGGCUCAGUGGGGUUCCCAGGGAAUGCACCUGCCCUUCCUGCCUAGAGGAGGGAGAGGAGGGGACCAGAGUGCCUGCCACCCACCCCCGCCCCCAACGUGGACCUCGUGCUCCAGGCAGCCCGGCGCCGAGGACGGCGGCCGCGGGGACGGCGCGCGCCUGGACACCGCCGGCCUCAAGAUGAGCGACCUGGACUCGGAGGUGCUGCCCUUGCCUCCGCGGUACCGCUUCCGGGACCUGCUGCUGGGCGACCAGUCCUUCCAGAACGACGACAGGGUCCAGGUGGAGUUCUACGUCAACGAGAACACCUUCAAGGAGAGGCUUAAGCUAUUCUUCAUCAAAAACCAAAGAUCCAGCCUGAGGAUCCGGCUGUUCAACUUCUCCCUGAAGCUGCUGACCUGCCUGCUGUACAUUGUCCGCGUCCUGCUGGACGACCCAGCCCUGGGGAUUGGAUGCUGGGGCUGCCCGAAGCAGAAUUACACCUUCAAUGAGUCGUCCUCUGAGAUCAACUGGGCCCCCAUCCUGUGGGUGGAGAGGAAGGUGGCUCUGUGGGCCAUUCAGGUCAUCGUGGCCAUCAUCAGCUUCCUGGAGACCAUGCUUCUCAUUUACCUCAGCUACAAAGGCAACAUCUGGGAGCAGAUCUUCCGUGUGUCCUUCAUCCUGGAGAUGAUCAACACGCUGCCCUUCAUCAUCACGAUAUUCUGGCCGCCGCUGCGGAACCUGUUCAUCCCCGUGUUUCUGAACUGCUGGCUGGCCAAGCACGCCCUGGAGAACAUGAUCAACGACUUCCACCGCGCCAUCCUGCGCUCGCAGUCGGCCAUGUUCAAUCAGGUCCUCAUCCUCUUCUGCACCCUGCUGUGCCUGGUCUUCACGGGGACCUGCGGCAUCCAGCACCUGGAGCGCGCGGGCGACAACCUGUCCCUCCUGACGUCCUUCUACUUCUGCAUCGUCACCUUCUCCACCGUGGGCUAUGGGGACGUGACACCCAAGAUCUGGCCGUCCCAGCUGCUGGUGGUCAUCAUGAUCUGCGUGGCCCUGGUGGUGCUCCCGCUGCAGUUUGAGGAACUCGUCUACCUGUGGAUGGAGCGGCAGAAGUCGGGGGGCAACUACAGCCGCCACCGGGCCCAGACGGAGAAGCAUGUGAUCCUGUGCGUGAGCUCCCUCAAGAUCGACCUGCUCAUGGACUUUCUGAACGAGUUCUACGCGCAUCCACGGUUGCAGGACUACUACGUCGUCAUCCUGUGCCCCACGGAGAUGGACAUCCAGGUUCGCAGGGUCCUGCAGAUCCCACUGUGGUCCCAGCGGGUCAUCUACCUCCAGGGCUCCGCGCUCAAGGAUCAGGACCUCAUGCGGGCCAAGAUGGACAACGGGGAGGCCUGCUUUAUUCUCAGCAGCCGGAACGAGGUGGACCGCACCGCGGCGGACCACCAGACCAUACUGCGUGCCUGGGCCGUGAAGGACUUUGCCCCGAACUGCCCCCUCUACGUCCAGAUCCUCAAGCCUGAGAACAAGUUUCAUGUCAAGUUUGCAGAGCACGUGGUGUGCGAGGAGGAGUGCAAGUAUGCCAUGCUGGCCCUCAACUGCAUCUGCCCAGCCACGUCCACCCUCAUCACCCUGCUGGUGCACACGUCCCGCGGCCAGGAAGGCCAGGACUCGCCAGAGCAGUGGCAGCGCAUGUACGGACGCUGCUCGGGCAACGAGGUCUACCACGUGCGGAUGGGGGACAGCAAGUUCUUCCGCGAGUACGAGGGCAAGAGCUUCACCUACGCCGCCUUCCACGCGCACAAGAAGUACGGCGUGUGCCUCAUCGGCCUGAAGCGCGAGGACAACAAGAGCAUCCUGCUGAACCCGGGCCCACGGCACAUCCUGGCGGCCUCCGACACCUGCUUCUACAUCAACAUCACCAAGGAGGAGAACUCGGCCUUCAUCUUCAAGCAGGAGGAAAAGCAGAAGAGGAAGGGCUUCGCGGGGCAGGGGCUGUACGAGGGCUCAUCCCGCCUGCCCGUGCACAGCAUCAUCGCCUCCAUGGGGACAGUGGCCAUGGACCUCCAGAACACGGAGUGCCGGCCCACACAGAGUGGCGGGGGCAGCGGGGGCAGCAAGCUGGCGCUCCCCACAGAGAACGGCUCGGGCAGCCGGCGGCCCAGCAUCGCGCCCGUGCUGGAGGUGGCUGACAGCUCGGCCCUGCUGCCCUGCGACCUGCUGAGUGACCAGUCAGAGGACGAGAUGACGCCGUCGGAGGACGAGGGGCUGUCCAUGGUGGAGUAUGUGAAGGGCUACCCUCCUAACUCACCCUACAUCGGCAGCUCCCCCACCCUGUGCCACCUCCUGCCCGUGAAAGCCCCCUUCUGCUGCCUGCGGCUGGACAAGGGCUGCAAGCACAACAGCUACGAAGAUGCCAAGGCCUACGGCUUCAAGAACAAGCUGAUCAUUGUCUCGGCGGAGACCGCGGGCAAUGGGCUGUACAACUUCAUCGUGCCGCUGCGCGCCUACUACCGGCCUCGCCGGGAGCUCAACCCCAUUGUGCUGCUGCUGGACAACAAGCCCGACCACCACUUCCUGGAGGCCAUCUGCUGCUUUCCCAUGGUCUACUACAUGGAGGGCUCCGUGGACAACCUGGACAGCCUGCUGCGGUGCGGCGUCAUCUAUGCGGACAAUCUGGUGGUGGCAGACAAGGAGAGCACCAUGAGUGCCGAGGAGGACUACAUGGCCGAUGCAAAGACCAUCGUCAACGUGCAGACCAUGUUCCGGCUCUUCCCCAGUCUCAGCAUCACCACCGAGCUCACCCACCCGUCCAACAUGCGGUUCAUGCAGUUUCGCGCCAAGGACAGCUACUCUCUGGCUCUCUCUAAACUGGAGAAGAGGGAGCGUGAGAACGGCUCCAACCUGGCCUUCAUGUUCCGCCUGCCCUUCGCCGCCGGCCGCGUCUUCAGCAUCAGCAUGCUGGACACACUGCUGUAUCAGUCCUUCGUGAAGGACUACAUGAUCCCCAUCACCAGGCUGUUGCUGGGCUUGGACACCACGCCGGGCUCUGGCUACCUCUGUGCGAUGAAGAUCUCGGAGGACGACCUGUGGAUCCGCACCUACGGCCGCCUCUUCCAGAAGCUGUGCUCCUCCAGCGCCGAGAUCCCUAUCGGCAUCUACAGGACCCAAUGCCACGUCUUCUCCACCGAGCCCCCCGACCUCAGGGCCCAGGCCUCACCCCUCCUCCCCGGCCAGUCCCAGGUCUCAGUGAGCGUGGAGGACUGUGAGGACACUCGGGAGGCAAAGGGGCCCUGGGGUGCACGGGUGGGCACGAGCGGUGGCAGCACCCACGGCCGGCACACGGUGGGCAGCGACCCAGCCGAGCACCCGCUCCUGCGGCGCAAGAGCCUCCCGUGGGCGCGGAGGCUGAGCCGCAAGGGCUCCCGGCACACGGGGAAAGCGGCAGCCGAGUGGAUCAGCCAACAGCGGCUCAGCCUGUACCGGCGCUCGGAGCGGCAGGAGCUCUCAGAGCUGGUCAAGAACCGCAUGAAGCACCUGGGGCUGCCCACCACUGGCUACGAGGAUGUAGCAAAUUUAACAGCCAGUGAUGUCAUGAAUCGGGUAAACCUGGGAUAUUUGCAAGACGAGAUGAAUGACCACCAGAACACCCUCUCCUAUGUGCUCAUCAACCCCCCGCCCGACACGCGGCUGGAGCCCAAUGACAUUGUAUAUCUCAUCCGCUCCGACCCCUUGGCCCAUGUGGCCAGCAGCUCCCAGAGCAGGAAGAGCAGCUGCAGCAACAAGCUGGCUUCCUGCAACCCCGAGACGCGGGACGAGACACAGCUCUGAUCACCUUGCGGGGUCCGCAAGCCCAUGAUGCGUGAGCGCGGGGCCCUGCCCAGUGCCCAACCCCCAGAUGCUCCUGGGACUGUCAAGAGGGAGCGGACCUUAGCUGGGUGAAGGCUCGGGCUGCCCUGGGCACCGCCAGACGCUGGUGGGAAGCCUUUUUAACCUGUUUUUAUGAAUCUGUACAACCCUGAUCCUUUGCACAAACGCACCGCAACUCGUGACCGAAUCUGGCCACGGCAGAGGGAGAGCCGGGCUGGACCACGGGGUGAGGCUGGGGUGGAUCAGACAGGUGCUCGGGCCGGGGGCUCACACCACAAUAGGAGAGGGAUGCUGCAGCCCAAACUCGCCGUGUUUCCUCAGCCAUGGACCAGUCUAGCCUGUGGCUCUUGGCCAAGCCACAGGGUGGGGGGCCGCCCUUCUCGCCCGGGUCCCCUGUGCGCUCAUUUGAGAAUGAAAUGGAAAGCAGGAGGGUUUUCAGCUGGCCAAGCCCCUGCCUUCAGCAGGACAGGCUCUGGAGAAGCGUCAGCGUGGGGCCCGGCCGCGCACUGGGGAUUCCACGGCCCGUGACUUUGUGGAAGAGACUCGGACAACUGCCUUUUCCUGUAUUUUUACGCUGAACUUUUGCAGCCGCACCAUCUGACGCCCUUUUAAAGGAGAAAUCUGAAGCACAACACAGCCGCUGGGCUGCUGCCGGCCCACGUCUCCAGGACAGGGACUUCUUAUCACGGAGGGACUCCGGGCAUUACCUCAGUUCCUUUGUGACUUGCUGACAGGUUUGCACGGUCAGUGCUGGAAACUCCCAUUAAAUGGAUGCACUCUGCAGACAGGA